AAGUAUGACUACUACGACCUAGUUCUUAGAACACCAACCCAUCCUGCACAUCCAAUAGAGGCAAGUUUGAUGACUCCUAGUGAGCUUACAACGUUGAAGAAGCAUACGAAAACCAGAUUUGAAGGAAACUAUCACAUUGAUACUACCCUUACCCCAGAGCAGAGAAUUGAAAAGGUUUUUGGUGGACGGAUCAAGGGAGAAGCACCAAAAUCAUCGAGUAGAAUCUUACGAGGCAAGCCCAGGGUGAUUGCGGGUGUUACGGUGCCUGCUAGACCAGAUGAGCCUGACAACUGUUGCAUGAGUGGAUGUAUAAACUGUGUGUGGGAGUUAUUUGAGGAGGACCUCAAAGAUUGGAACGAGAAGAGAACCAUUGCAGCAAAAGCAUUGGUCGAAAAAGGUGGCCGUUGGCCCGAAGAUUUCUAUGCCCCAGUUCAAAAGUUGCCUCGUGAUAAUCUACCCUUGUCGUUGGCCAAAAAAGAUGAUGCCGAGCUCUAUGGAGACUCUUCUGAUAAGGCAGCUGAAGAUGAGUCUUGGGGAAAUGUGCCAAUGAGUUUCAGAGUAUUUGCUGAGUUGGAAAAGAAGAUGAAGGCCAAGAAG